AUGACCCCAUCAGUUGAUGAUGAAUCUCUUCCACCAAACCAUAAAGAAUUGAUGGCAGAAGCUGUCGCAGAAGCAUGUCGAGGAGUAGAGUGUGGAGAUGGAGGACCAUUUGGAGCCGUAAUUGUGGAUAAUAAGGGGAAUGUGGUUGCAAAGGGACACAACAUGGUACUGGUCACUAAGGAUCCGACUAUGCAUGCCGAGAUGACAGCGAUCAGAAAUGCUUGCAAGACACUAGGAACAUUUGAUCUCUCCGGACACACUCUCUACACUUCUUGCUAUCCAUGUCCGAUGUGUAUGGGAGCUAGUCUUUGGGCUAGAUUUGAUGCCAUUUAUUAUGGAGCAACUGCUCAACAGGCUGCUGAAAUCGGAUUUGAUGACAAAGCCUUCCACGAUUUCCUCAAAGAUCCGAAAACGGAUGACAUCCGAAAGUUGGAACAUUUGGCAGCCGACAACUACCUUCUUCCAUUCCAAAUGUGGUCCAACAAACCAGACAAAACCGAAUAUUAA